AUGAUUCUGCAUUGGUUUCUCUUGAUAUUGGGCGGUGUAUCGUUAGGCUCUGAAAUGUGUCGAAAUUAUCCGACAACAUAUUCGCCGGGAAAGUUUCGAGAAGGUAAAUGGAUGGAGCAAUUACGAAUUCAUUCAGGAAAGCAACAUCAUUUCAAUGAACUCCCUCCAAAUGACACAGUUUCAUUGUUCAAUGCCAAAUAUAAAACCUACUGCGGAUUUUAUGAAUUGCAAACGUUGUCAAAAAAGGCUUUUCAAUUGAACAAAGGAUAUUUUAUCCCCAGAUUCGACCAUCAUUUCUUUCCGUUUCAAGCACUCAUCAUUAAAGAAGCAAACCAAAUUAAAUGUAAAAUGGUUUUGGAAAGCAGUAUUUGCGAUGAAUAUGCGACGAUGACAAAAGUUAUUGAAGCUAUUGAUAUUUUAUACACCGAUUAUACAACCUUCAUGAUUAUUCAUCAAUGUAUUGACGACGACGAUUAUAUAAUGUUUUUGACUGAAAGCGAAAAUCUUUACGUUCCGGAAAAUGACAAGGUUGAUGUUGAACGUCUUUUGAUUGACAUACUGAAAGGUUACGAGAUUGAAAUGAAGAAUCAAACGUUUACAUGGCGUACAGCUAAGUUAUGCGAGAGUCACGUCAAACUAAUUCAUCCAAUUUUCUAUCAGAAAACCUUCAUCAAGGAACCACAAAAAACAUGCCCGGAAAAUUUGUCGGUUGACAUCGUCGACUUGAGGCAUUAUUGGGAAAAUAAAUUGGAACGCGAGGAACAAAUGUGGCAGGAAAAGAAAUCUUUCAUAAUCUGUGUUGUAUGUUUUAUUGUCGGUAUGUUAUCAAUCUUGGGAUUACUGGCAGUAUUUUUAGAUAAUUUUAAAGUUUGA